ACAGACAGCGGAAACACAGUCGGAAGGAGCCCGUCAAACAUAAACAGAGCAGCGCCGUUAACGCAUAACCUGCUUUUCAGAAUAUAAAAACACACCCAGAAGGCCGAUGCCGUGUGGGGCGAGCGCCAGGCGGCCGGUUCCAGGUGCCUAAGCAGCCGGCUGAGGACGGAAAUCGGCGAAUCGGAUAAGACUGAAGUUCUUUGCUGGAGACAGUGAAGCAGGAUGGAUGAUAAAAGCAGUGAAUCCAGCAUCCAAAACGGAGGCUCAGAGGAGCCCGAUCCCGGAGAGGGGAGUGAGGGGGGCGCGUCUGGCUCAGCGCAGGGGCAGACACGCACUGACACAGCCCCUGCAGACACGCCCCCCUCCCCAGAGGGACACGCCCCUGGGACAGAGAGAACUCGGCACCAGCGAGAGGAAGAGGAGGACGAAGAGGACACAGACAGCAUGGACAGCAGCGGCCUCUACUCCCUGACGGAGGAGGGGGAGAGGGGGAGCGAGGGAGGGAGAGGAGGAGAGAGGCAGAGGAGAGCGAAGGAGAGCGAGGGGAGGAAGAGGAGGCGGGAGCGGGAGAGGCCGGGCGGGGGAACGACACGCGGCUCCUCCAGCUCAGAUGAGGAUGAGGAGGAGGAGGAAGAGGAGGAGCUGGACGAGGAGGAGGAUGAGCAGGCGAUGGAGGCGUGGCUGGGGGCGGAGCUGCGGGAGCUGGCCGUGCCGUCCUGGCGGGCGGUGCCGUCGCUGCGGGCGCGGGAGAUCGGGCGGGGCGCUCAGUUUGUGAAGCGGGUGUGCGGCGCCAGGGGCCUGGUGCAGCGGCUGGAGCUGCAGGCCAGGCUGGAGAGGCACACGGGCUGCGUCAACACCCUGCACUUCAACCCCUCGGGCACGCGCCUGGCCUCCGGCAGCGACGACCUCAGGGUGGUGAUCUGGGACUGGGCCCGCCGCAGGGCCGAGCUGGAGUUCGACAGCGGACACAAGAGCAACGUCUUUCAGGCUAAGUUCCUGCCCCACAGCGGCGACUCCACGCUGGCCAUGUGUGCGCGGGACGGCCAGAUCCGAGUGGCUGAGCUCUCCGCCACUCAGCGCUGCAAGAACACCAAGAGGGUGGCCCAGCACAAGGGCGCCGCCCACAAGCUGGCUCUGGAGCCGGACUCUCCCUGCUCCUUCCUCUCUGCUGGGGAGGAUGCUGUGGUGUUCGGCAUCGACCUCCGGCUCGACCGGCCUGCCACCAAGCUGGUGGUGGUGAAGGAGGGCGAUAAGAAGGUGGGCCUCUACACCAUCUUUGUGAACCCGGCCAACACGCACCACUUUGCUGUGGGCGGGAGAGACCAGUACGUCAGGAUUUAUGACCAGAGGAAGAUCAAUGAGAAUGAUAACAAUGGGGUGCUGAAGAAGUUCUGUCCAUCUCACCUGGUGUCCAGCGAGUCCAAGACCAACAUCACCUGCCUGGUGUACGGCCACGACGGCACAGAGCUGCUGGCCAGUUACAAUGAUGAGGACAUCUACCUGUUCAACUCCCAGCACAGCGAUGGAGCCGACUACUGCAGGAGAUACAAGGGCCACCGCAACAACGCCACAGUGAAGGGGGUGAACUUUUUCGGGCCCUGCAGUGAGUUUGUGGUGAGCGGCAGUGACUGUGGACACAUCUACCUGUGGGACAAGCAGUCUGCCCGUGUGGUGCAGUACAUGGAAGGAGACAAAGGAGGAGUGGUGAACUGUCUGGAGCCCCACCCUCACCUCCCAGGCCUGGCCACCAGCGGUCUGGAUCAUGAUGUUAAACUGUGGGCCCCCACUGCAGAGACCCCCACAUCACUGAAGGGCCUGAAGGAGGUGAUGAAGAAGAACAAGCGUGAGCGUGAUGAAGACAGCGUGCGGCAUGGUGAUCAGUACGACACCCAGCUGCUCUGGUUCCUCAUGCGGCACAUGAGACGCAGAAGACCUCAGAGGACCCGCGGCGGAGGGGCAGGUGAGGGGGACACAGAUGAUUCAUGGAGCUCGGCUGAUUCCUCUGAUGAAGAAGACAUGGGUCCCGACCACGUCCAGUGCAUGUCCUCCUGAGCAAGAGAGGCCGUCUGUCCCACACUGUCUCACGCGCACACACACACACACACACACACACACACACACACGCACACACACACAC